UACUAGUGUCCGUAUACAUAUCCGUAUAGACGACUUUUUGAAAAUGUCUAAUGAUAAGUAGUAUGAUCAGAUAAGUUUUCAUAACUGUAUAUUUAUUCUUUUCAAAAUAUUAUGUGACGUGUAUUAAAUACUAGGGUCACACCUGGUUAUAAACGUUCCUAGAGAAGUUCUUAAAUACAAGUAGCAAUAUUUAGCGCCAAUUUGGACUUUUUAAAGUUGGCUAAUAAAUUAAGACUAAUGGAAUUUAUGAAAAAACUGGCAGUUUUAGUCAUAAUUGGAUAUUUGUUUAUUGAGGCUGGCCUUUUGUGUGGCCUGUUUACAAACGAAUGGAUAAAGACAAAAGAAUAUCAUCUCGGCUUAAGGCGAUAUUGUUACAAUACUAAGAAUGAUACCAGCUGUCACAACGUUGUGGAAAUUCUCCCAAAUCUUAAAUAUAUGCUUGAUACAGUGUUUUAUCUGUCAAUUGGGGCAUGUAGCUGGGUCUGUUUGGUUAUUAUCGUAAUGCUGUUUUCUUUAUUUUGUAAUGGUUGUAAAGGAUCAAAGACCUGUAGAUGUACCAGCUUUGUCAUGUUUGCUUGGUGCAUGAUACAAGGUGCAGCUUUGACUAUAUUUGUUACAGCAAUCAUGUCAGAACUUUCUGCAAGUGUAAGUGAUGUUGGAUGGUCCUUGUAUUUGGAAUGUACCACACUUUGUAUAUCAUGGUUUUUACUUAUUACACAAGUCAUUACUUGGUGCUGCUGUAAAGAUGAUUCUUGUCGAGACAGUGCAACUGUUGAUGUAAUAGACGAAAUUCCCAGAUUCAAACAACCACCAACUGACCAGUCUGUUAGUGUAGGUAACGACAUUACAAUUCAUGCGAUAGUAGAAAAUGCAAACAGUGUUAUUUGGAAUAAAGGAAACGAUCGAGUUAUCAAAUUUUCAACAUGUCACAGAGAGGGUUUUAAUGAAACCAAUGGGCAUGCCACUUUAAGCAUCACCAAAGCUAGGUUUCAAGAUGAUGGCAUGUACGUUUGUAUUGCUGAAAAAUACGGGAAAAUCACAAAACAAGUUCGCCAUGAAAUCCGCUUGUAUGUUCUACCUGUGAAACCGGAAUUUCUUAAGAAAUUAGUAGAUACCUCCGUAAAUAUUGGAGAAUCAUUUGAUCUAGAAGCUGAAGUACGACCGUCUGAAUCUGUCACGUCAGUUACCUGGCUACACGAAGGGGAAGAUGUUACCUCUUCAAAAGGAAAUAGGAAGUUAUUAUUGAGGGAUGGAAAACUAAUUUUUAAAAUUUCAAAUGCUACUGUAAAAGACUCGGGGAAGUACUCAUGUGAAGCAAAAUCAAAGGGAACGUCAAGUCAUGAAGAGGAAUCUAUAUCUCACUGUCAUGUGACAGUUCUCGACGCUCUUUCAUCCGCAAUUGAAAACGUAUUAGGAGACGAACAAGUUAUUGAAGGCCGUGCACCCAUGAAUCACAUAAUGCAUGAUCCAAAUGCUGUAUAUCAGUAAAAGUACAGUCG